AUUUUCUUUGCUCGUAUGUCGUUUCCGUGGCACGGAUCAGGUGAAGGAUCUACGUUUUAGCAACAAUCAAAGCGAUUUCAAAUGGAUGAUGAUCGUGGUAUUGAGACUCAGACGUUUGAUACUCAAUCUGUCUCUAAAUCAGACCAUAUACUCAAAGUUUGGACUGGCAAUGAGUAUCGAAGUACUGAACCUUUUGGUGAUACUGUUGCGCUUGAAAGUCCCCCUGAAGGAACUCAAUUGGAGAACAUUGACACUGAGCUACUAGUUAUUCCAGAUUCUGUCGAUGACAUGGCAACUCAGAUGUUAGAAGACUACAAAGAAGAAGUAGUACUUGACAGUGAUGAUGAAGGAGUGCAUGAAACUGAGACAGCGUGUUCCAAGGAGUUAACUUCCGGUGAACUUCAAAGAAUAGUGGGAGGGGAUGUUCUAGAAGCUCCUUGUGCGCGUAGUGAGGACUUUGUGGUGGGCUCUGUUGCAUCUAGUCAUAAGAAUUGCACAGCAGUAUACAAAAGAAGGCGGGUUAAUUCUGUCUGCCCGCAGACAGUUCAGUGUGCUGGCUUAGGUGGAGGCAGCAUGUCUGAGAAUGUAAGUAGUAUCGGGCCUAGUUCUAUCCAAAAAGAUAGCACGCUGCGUACUUCGGAGCAUGAGUCUGCAGAGAAAAGAUACAACGAAUAUGAGGAACCUGGAGAUUCAUCACAAGCCAAUGCCCUGAGUUUCGUGGAUCAUUACCUGUCAUUUAACAAAGUAAAUUUGUCAAAGGAAGUUGCACCAAAAAAGACAAGAACGCAGAAAUCACCUCCUGCGUUAUGUGCAAAAGGGCCUCAAAUUUUGGCCAGGAGGGCCAUUCUUGGAACCACAUUUGGUAUAUCAGGAACAUUUGAAUGGGAUGCCAAUGAAAUUGAUGGUGGAGAAGGCGAUCGUCUGAAAGACACAAAGAAUUUGAUCUUAAAUGGUGAAGGCCCUGAGGCAACAUCUGUGGCUAGGUGCCUGAGUGAUACAAAUCUAAAUGUCCAAAGUCAGAUGAAACAAAGGGAUCAGUGCAAAGAAAAAUUUAAGGGUGAAAUGAUAGAUGCUUAUUCUUCCAAUUCGAGUUUAAUAGUGCUAAAUUCUGAGGAGGUUGGUGAUGUUCUUGAAGCUUCCGGUAUGAAGUUUGUCAAGGAGAUGGAUGAUCAGCUCAAUGCAGAAGCAUCAGAGCAGCAGUUAGAAGCUGGUGGCCUCAGAAGGGAUGUCCCGGAUACAUUUGAUGUUGGGUUUGACACUCAAAUGGCAGCUGAAGCUAUGGAAGCCUUAUUUUAUGCACCCCCUCCCAACUCUAAUGUUCAUUCUACUCCUCAAGAUCCAGAAAACAUGGUUGAAGAUUCUUCAAAAUGUUCAACGGGGAAAUGCUCUAAUUCAGGAGUCACUGCAAGAAAACUGAAGCCAAAAAAUAAGCCUUCCAAGAAGUUGAGUGGAAAAAUAAUUCGUUCAUCUCGAAAAGACAAAAGAAGUCGAGAAGAGCUGGAUCCUGAGUUACCAGAAGUCAACAAAGUGAAGAGGAGGAAGUCAUUGGGUGAAAGCCCUCCCAAUGCUGGGAACCCUUCUAAUGUGGAGAACCAUUCACGCAGAAGUUCAUUUAAGCUAAUUGAACGAAGGAAGGAAGAAAAAGUUACAGAGAGAGACAACAUCAACAAAGUUGAUAAUAAUUUAGUUUCAUCAACUUCUGUGGAACGUAGGAUGUUUUCAGCCCUUGCUCACCAGAAUAGGAGUCGGUCAUUAGUACACCCGUUGGAAGAGGCCAAGAAUCCAACAAAAAGUUCUGAGCAAAGGAUGAGUGAUGUUAUGGAAGCCGGUGUACUCAAGAAAAGGAAAAAGAAUGGUCAAAAUGCUGAUACAUUCCAGGUGUCAAGUCUUGGAGGAAAACGGCCCAAGAUAGGUUUGCGUACAUCUAAGAAAGCUAAAGACGUCGAAGUGAGUAAACCUGCAGAAGAUGAGCUUGAUGUAGGAAGCCAUUUGACGUCAAAUGAAUGGGGCUAUUGCAAAGGGAAAAGAACACACAGAAAUUUGCCAUGCCAUUCAAAUGGAGUAAGUGACAUCUGUCUCCCAUCCACAGUGGUUAAGGGGGAAAAGGGUGACAAGGAUUUUAUGGAUAUCCAUAAAAAGUCACAAGUGGACUCGGAAACCAAUUGUGGUUCUGCUGAAAGUCAUAAGAAGUCACAAGGGAACUCUGAAAUCAGUUGUUUCAGCUUUUACGUAAGGAGAAAGCGACGAUCACCAGCAUGUGCUCAUCGGAUUCUACCUUCACCAGUAGAAAAAAGUGAGGAAAAAUCUGGAAAACUGGAUCGUGUUGUUCUUGUAUCCUCUGCUGAUGGUGCAAAUGAAAGCAUUGAGUUAGACAUAAGAUCACGUGGAAAUGCUGAGUUCUCUCUUUCCAAGUGUCCCAGCCCUGUCAACUUUUCUGAAGGCGUAGAUCUGGCACCAUCAAUUCUCAACGGCAACGAGAAGGGCAAGCAAUUGUUAACUAGAAAGAUUUCAAGAUUUCCCCUGAUGAAAGAGCUUAAUAGCUUAGGGUUUUCUGGAUCACUACCAAAAAUUAGAGCAAAAGAUUUGAGACAACGAAGAGACAUGGCAAAUGUUCGUGUCUUGUUCAGCAACAACUUGGAUAAUGACAUUAUUAAACAGCAGAAAAAGAUUUUGGCACGCCUAGGUAGCUCCAUUGCAUCAUGUUGUUCAGAUGCUACACAUUUUGUAGCUGAUAGAUUUGUUCGGACCAGGAAUAUGUUGGAAUCCAUUGCUCUUGGUAAGCCAGUGGUGACACAAUUAUGGCUUGAUAGUUGUGGACAAGCUAGAUGUUUUAUUGAUGAGAAGAAUUACAUCCUGAGGGAUGCCAAAAAGGAAAAGGAAAUUGGCUUUAGCAUGCCAGUUUCAUUGGCCCAUGCUAGACAGCAUCCCCUUCUAAAGCAGGAUCUUAGAGUCAUUGUUUCUUCAAACAUAAAACCUGGUAAAGAGUUGAUUUUGAGCUUGGUCAAAGCAGUGCAUGGGCAGGUCGUCGAUAGAAUACAAGAAACUGCAAUGAUGAAUAAAAUGAUCCCAAAAGAUGUAUUAAUUCUUUCUUGUGAACAGGACUAUGAACUAUGUGCACCAUUCCUUGAUAAAGGAGCAGCUGUUUACAGUUCAGAGCUUCUUCUUAAUGGGAUAGUUACACAGAAACUAGAGUUUGAGAGGCACCGGCUCUUCAAAAACCAUGUCAAUAGUAACUGCUCUCGCAUCGGCCUGAAGAAAAGUGGAGAAUGGUCUCUACCUGUAGCCAUGUGUCAAUAGUGUUUUUUUUUUUUUUGGGGAUGCAGCGUUAGGAUCUAAAAGGGAAGAUAGCGACGAGUUUCCCCGAUCAGGCUAAUUUGUUGUACAUAAACACUAUGCAGUCAAAUGUGACCUCUGAAGAUUUUGACUAUGGAUCAUGGAUUGCCACCCCGUAUCAAUUAAUCAGCGUGAAUAUAAUUUAGUAGUAAUUUACUUGCUGAUAUAUAGCAGUAUUGAUUUUCUUGUUGAUUGUGCUGUGUAAGGCUCAUCACUUCCAAUGUGUGCACACUGCACAGCACAACCCGAAGGGUAGCUUGGUGAGGUUUACCUGAUCGUUGCGAUCAAGCUUCCAAAUUAGUCUCACCCAGACCCCAUCGGGUUUGACUGAAAUACUGGGCCUGCAAAAUGAUGUCUGUACUCAUUAAUUAGUUCUUUAACCGUGACUCCCUUGUUCAUUAAUGUUUCUGGCACUAGUCUACUAACAGUAUCAUUGGCUCACUUGAGAUCAGCGAAUGGUGUCCAAAAUGGUGCCCCAUUAUGCAGACAGUUUCCAAAUCCAACCCAAGCGUUGGAUCUUACUUA